CACACUCUCUCUCUGAGAGACGGACGAGAAGAUUCAGCUUCGGACUAAAACUACUAAAACUCCACUUUGACUGAAAGAGGACGACUUGAGGAGAUUACUGGGAAUACUGGAACAGCUCCACUUCACCCAGCUGCUGAAUCCACAAACUGAAGGACAGUUUUACAGGAAAGUAAAGUAACUUUGAGAGAACAGGGAGUGGCUGAGCUGUUUGUCUGCUGUGUUUUCAGCUUCACUCAGAGAAUAAAUGGCUUCCAGAUUAGAGGACGAUCUCCGCUGUCCGGUUUGUCAAGACAUCUUUAAAGAUCCUGUUCUUCUGAAAUGUAGCCACAGCUUCUGUAGAGACUGUCUGCAGAGGUGGUGGAGAGAGAAACAAGCAAAGGACUGUCCAGUUUGUAAGACAACAUCCUCUAAGCGAAAACCACCUUCAAACCUGGCGUUAAAGAACCUGUGUGAGAGUUUCUUACUGGAGAGAGAUCAGAGAGCUUCAGAGGCUCUCUGCAGUCUGCACUCUGAGAAACUCAAACUCUUCUGUCUGGACCAUCAGCAGCCAGUGUGUCUCGUCUGCAGAGACUCAGAAAAACACACCAACCACAAAUUCAGACCCAUCAGUGAAUUACCACAACCACACAAGAAGGAACUUCAGGAAACUCUGGAGCCUUUAAAGAAGAAGUUAAAGGUUUUUAAAGAAGUUAAAGUGAAGUUUGAUCAAACAGCAGAACACAUUAAGGUCCAGGCCCGACGCACAUGGACGCAGAUUAAGGAGCAGUUUAAGAAGCUUCACCAGUUUCUAAAAGAGGAAGAGGAGGCCAGGAUGGCUGCACUGAGGGAGGAAGAGGAGCAGAAGAGUCAGAUGAUGAAGGAGAAGAUGGAGGCUCUGAGCAGAGAGAUAGCAGCUCUUUCAGACACAGUCAGAGCCACAGAGGACCAGCUGAGAGCUGAACACGUCUCAUUCCUGCACAACUACAAGGCUGCAGUGGAAAGAGUCCAGCAGCGCCUCCUGCUGGAGGAACCUCAGCUGCCCUCAGGAGCUCUGAUAGACGAGGCCAAACACCUGGGCAACCUGGCCUUCAACAUCUGGAACAAGAUGAAGGACAUGGUCUCCUACUGUCCUGUCAUUCUGGACCCAAACACUGCUAGUUCAGACCUCAUCCUGUCUGAAGAUCUGACCAGUCUGAGACCAGGAGAGGAACAGCAGCUUCCUGAUAAUCCAGAGAGGUUUGGUUGGCACUGCUCUGUUCUGGGCUCUGAGGGCUUUAACUCAGGGACUCACAGCUGGGACGUCCAGGUUGCAGACAAUACACGCUGGAUACUGGGUCUGUUAGCAGAGUCUGUCCCGAGGAAAGAACUCCCAAAGUCUGGAUUUUGGGGAAUGGGGUUCCGUGAAGGUAUAUACUGUAUGCAGUCAGGACCAGGUCCGUCGAUUGUUCUCAGCGUGCAGAAGAAGCUCCAGAGGAUCAGAGUGAAUCUGGACUGGAACAGAGCAACGCUGUCGUUCUCUGAUGCUGAUACUAACACACACAUACACACCUUCACACACACUUUCACUGAGAGACUGUUUCCAUAUUUUAACAAUAAGGAUUAUGAUCCCCCACUGCAGGUUUUACCAGAGAAGGUCUCUGUGGCUGCAGGACAACAGGAAUAGACGAUCAGCAUCGUUCUGAAGUCUUUGAGGAACAUGUGACCACGUUGUCCUUGUGUUUUAUUCUCCGUCAGUGUGAGGAAAUGAUGUCAUGAUGAUGUCAUGAUGAUGUAACAUCAGAUCAAAGAGCUGUCAAUCACUCUGAGACUGGCAGGCGUCUCCAUGUUUUCCUGUUCGAUUAUUGAUCGAAUGUUUAAAAUGAAUUCUCUGUAAAACUUCAUUGUCAUUGAUUGUUUUUUUUCCUUUUAUUGGUGUUUGAGGGUGUUAUAUAAAAAAAUGUUGUCAGAUAACAGAAAACAACAAGUUAUUUUACUGAUAAUUCAUUUAAAAAUACAGAUAAUUUACAGUUGAUAUCUGUAUUUAUAAUAUAUAUAUCUGUAGAAUAACUAAAGUGUUUUUUCUUUAAGUGUUUGACAAACUUUUUAGUUUUUUUUUAAGUAUUUCUAUUUCGUUUUCUUUCUCGUUAAAUUUAAAGUUUCACUGUAAGAAAACUGAAAUUUUCCUGAAUUUUACAUUCAGCAAUAAGAUGUGUAUGUUUUGUAUUUUAACAUAGAAUUUACUUUCAUUUAACAUUCAAGACCAUUAAGCAUUUUUUUCAAUGUUCUGGUUAAUAUUUGUAAUUAAAGUAAUUAACUUUGUGGCA